AUGGCUUACGAAUUCGAUGAUCAGUUUAAAGCAACACGUUUGUUUGACGAAAUAGUGUGGAACUUUCGAAAAAAUCUACCACUCAAAAAUAAUCGCCAUUAUAUGACAGUUAUUGAAAACAGCUUUACCGGCAAAAAAGCAGUAGAUUUUCUAAUGGAGGAACUCCCUAAAAUGAUGCCGGAUAAAAAAAUAACAAGAGAAAAUAUGAUAAGCCUAAUGAAAAUGAUGCAAGAAUGGAAGAUUGUAAGCGAUGCGGUUACUAAAGAAAAUAAUGAAAAGAAGAAGUUCCAAGAGACUCGAAUAUAUGUUUUUUCCAAAGAUUUGCACGAAUUGAAGUGUCCGAGGAUUCGCUCAAGAAGGUCUGCAUCAUUUAGCGGAGCACGUCAGAAUUCGAGAAGGCUGUCUUCAAGUCAGACAAACCUUAAUCCGAUGAAUGCUCCGGUAAUUGAUAGUCCGUUCGGCACGGCGCCGGUCCGAAUGAGUCGCCGAUUGUCUCGAUCAAAUGGAAAUCUCCGUAAAUUGAUCAUUGGCGACAACAAAGAGCCUACCGGUCGAGAAAAUCCUGCAUUCGAUGAUAAAGUCGACGAAAUUGAUAUCAAGCAUAAAGAAAAAGAGAACGAGUAUGAAGAUGGGAAGAAGGAAAGCGCGUACGACUGGCUGCCAUUUUUCAAAUCGAAACGAGGAGCUUCUAAGCCGAAACGAAACGCUCGCCGUUCAAUGUCUUUAGAUCGAAAUCACGUCAUGCUUGAGUCGGAGCAAAAUAUCGAAUCGCCGAUAAUUCCGCCCAAGGUUCGCGCCACAGAUGAUUCAGCUCUUCUCCCGCAAAAGCCGUUGACUACGAAUCUAUCGCGCACAAAAGUUUAUGAAUCAAUUGCGAGAAGGCAGCCGACGAGUUCGAGAGAUGUGUGGAGGAAUGAGCUUGUCAAGAGAUUGACUAUUCUCACUGGGGCUUCUCCUCCGAUCGAAUGGAGCCGCCACUUGGACGGAGCUGAUAUGCACUGGAAUUCGAAUUCACUAAAUUUGGAAGCUGGUGUUAUUCGAUCACGAAACCAUGGAAUUCAACCAUUCUAUCCAUUCACGGUUGUUCAAUUCAUGGAAUAUCUCAAGGAUUUCCCAUUUUCGAGCAAAUCAAUGCCUGGAAUGGACGACAAGGUCUCGAAAGUGUUCGGCACACUUUGUAGUCGACUUAUGGAUUUAGACCCGCCACUUUAUCCAGUUGAAAUGAAUUACAUGUUCGAAUUAUUAUCGAAAAAUGAGAAAUUUGGAGAAAUUAUUGAUGAACGAUCACGAAGAAUGGCAAUAUCGCGCAGUUCGACUCCAGAGGAAUUCGCGAGUCUCGUACCAAUGCAAUAUCACAUGCCGCCAUGCGGAAUUCGCGCAUCGAUUCGAAGAAGAAGUGUAAUUAUGCCUUUGGAGAAUAUUAAGCCAAAACCUGCCGUUGACAUUCAUAAUGAAGAAUUUUACAAAAUCCGGGAAGCGUGGCUAAUCGAAUCACUUCAACUUAUACUAAUCGGGCUUCCAACAUCGCGUCGUCGCAAACUUCACAAAUUUGUUCUAUUCAUGCGAUCUGUGUCGACAAAUCAAUUAAUCGACAUCACCGAACCGACUAGUGGAUUCAAAGACAAUUGGCAAACCGUCAUCAAUGGAUUGUGGUACGGCGUGUGCAAUUCAUGUACAAGGAAACAAGGAAUGCUGCUCGCCGCCGUCCUGGUAACCAAUCAUCGAAUUCUGUUUGCGAUUCCUGAUGAUUACGUUGAAAAGGUGCAUUCGCUGAUCGUAACGACACCGGAGAUAACGCACACUCGAUAUUCAAAGCUAACCCGCGGUCGAAGACCCCCCGUUCAGGAAACGCAACAGACAAUUGUUGAGCCGCCACCGCCGCCGGAAAUUGUCGAAAAACCAAAAGAGAAGAAUCUUUUAAAUCGAUUGUUUAAACGAUAA